GCAAUAGCUAUUUCUCCCACGCCACGCAAAGGCAGCACACUCCAGCUCAGGGGCGCCAUUUUGGCUCCACAGCUUCUCCCCUCGAUGCAGUUCCUGUGUUUGGUCAUGUGCAUCCCGCAAAUCCAGCGUCGCAUGAUUUCCCCUUUGGAAGUAUGGAGAGGAGUGAAGUGGGAGGAAGUGGUUGUCGUCAAGUAGAAACCCAAACUUUAAUGUUUAGUGUGGAUUUAUUGUCAGUUUUGUGUAUUUUUUUAUUUUUUCGUUGCGGUAACUGUCCGGGAACAAGCUAGCAGUUAGCUUGUUUUCAACAGAUUUAUUUCUAAUUUGGUCCCCCCCCCCCCUCACCCCACCUCCGUUACUUCUGAGCACCGAGAGACCGCCGAGACGCACCAGCCUACGUUCAAUGCCGUUGGAACAUGUCCUAUGUUCCCUUUCAAGAUGCAAGGUGUGCCGUCCCCCCCUCCUAUCAUCAUCACCAUCAUCGCUCCCACGCCCACUCCUUCCACGCUCCCUCCUACGACCGUCCCGCUCCCGAACGCCCCUCCUACGACCGUCCCUCCUUCGACCGAUCCAUCUACGACCGCCCUUCCUUCGACCGCCCCUCCUACACCCGCCCCUUGCACGAGCGCCCCAUAUACGACCGCCCCACCCACGACCGUCCUCACCACGACCACUGGAACCCCAAUCUUCGCGUGAGCUCCGGAAAUCAGCUCUACAUGUUGGACCAGGAGGAGGUACACCCUUUGCUGAUGCGCGAGCGGCGCUCAGAGUCUCACAGGAACAAGCUGCUGCGGAGGACAGUCAGCGUUCCUGUUGAGGGACGGCACCAUCCCGAGAUGGAUCAUCGCGCCCGGCGGAAGAGCAUAGCCACCGGGAAGCAGCCCAGCAUGGAGGUCCCUCCCACUGCCCCCCUUCAACCCUUCCGACAAUCCGUGAGUAACCCUCCCUGUUCCCGGCCUCGCUCGCUGCCUCCGACCCUCUCGCUGUCCCUCAUCCCUCAUCCCGCCCUGGGCCCGCCGCACACCUGCGGCCGUCGGGCCAGCGGCACCCCGCCUCACCCCUUCCCCCUCUCCCUGGCUGUCUCCCCCUCCCUCGCCUUUUGCCAGCAGCAGCAGCAGCCGCAGCAAAAGGGCUCCAAGAAAGGGCCUGGCACGCCCCCCCUGCCCCGCUCGCUGCCCCUCUCCCCCUCCCUGUCCUUCACCCUGCCCCACUCGCCUGCCGCCUCCUCCUCCCCCCCCUUCUUGUACUGGGGCGGAGACUGGAGGGCUGCUGGUUCGAGUCCAGUGGCAGGAGGACCGUUUAUUGCACCACUGCCCCCUUAUGAGAGUUUCCUCAGUAGAAGGUUGAAGGGCUCGAUCAAGAGGGCCAAGAGUCAGCCCAAACUGGACCGAACCAGCAGUUUCCGCCACAUGAUCCUCCCCCGCUUCCGCAGUGCCGACCAAGAGAGGACCCGUUUGAUGCAGAGCUUCAAAGAGUCCCACUCCCAUGAGUCCUUGCUGUCUCCCAGCAGCGCCGCCGAGGCGCUGGACCUCACGCUGGACGAGGACGCCAUCAUCAAACCUGUUCACUCGAGCAUCCUGGGACAAGAGUACUGCUUUGAGGUGACUACGGCAUCGGGAACCAAGUGCUUUGCGUGUCGCUCAGCUGCAGAGAGAGACAAAUGGAUCGAGAACCUGCAGAGAGCUGUCAAGCCCAACAAGGACAACAGCCGGAGGGUGGACAAUGUGCUCAAACUAUGGAUCAUCGAGGCCCGCGAGCUUCCAGCCAAGAAGCGCUACUACUGCGAACUUUGUCUGGACGACAUGCUGUACGCACGCACCACCAGCAAGCCCCGCACCGACACCGUCUUCUGGGGCGAGCACUUCGAAUUCAACAACCUGCCAGCCGUCCGCAACCUACGCCUUCAUCUAUACAAGGAGACGGACAAGAAGAGACGCAAGGAAAAGAGCACAUACUUAGGACUCGUGAGCAUCCCCAUCUCAAGCAUCACCGGACGUCAGUUUGUGGAGCAGUGGUACCCGGUCAUCCAGCCCAGCGUCCUCACCAAGGGGGCCGGGGUCGGAGGGGGGAAGAUCAUCAACGCAUCCCUACGCCUCAAAUCCCGCUUCCAGACCAUGAACAUCCUGCCCAUGGAGCUGUACAAGGAGUUCGCGGAGUACGUCACCAAUAACUACCGCACCAUGUGUGCCGUGCUGGAGCCCGUGCUGAGUGUGAAGAGCAAAGAGGAGGUGGCCUGUGCGCUGGUGCAUAUACUGCAGAGCACGGGGAAAGCUAAGGACUUCCUGUCGGACAUGGCGAUGUGCGAGGUAGACAGAUUCAUCGACCGAGAACACCUUAUCUUCAGAGAGAACACUCUGGCCACCAAAGCCAUAGAAGAGUACCUCAAACUGAUCGGACAUAAGUACCUCAAGGAUGCUAUAGGGGAGUUCAUAAGGGCCUUGUAUGAGUCAGAGGAAAAUUGCGAAGUGGACCCCAUGAGAACACCACCCUCUGUGCUCCCAGACCACCAAGCCAAUCUCCGAAUGUGCUGUGAACUGGCACUCUGCAAGAUCGUUAACUCCCGUUGUGUUUUCCCUCGAGAGCUUAAGGAAGUGUUUGCCUCCUGGAGAGUGCGCUGCGCCGAGAGAGGUCGGGAAGACAUCGCCGACCGCCUCAUCAGCGGUUCCCUCUUCCUGCGCUUCCUGUGUCCCGCCAUCAUGUCCCCGUCGCUCUUCAAUCUCACCCAGGAGUAUCCCGACGAGCAGACGUCACGCACGCUCACCCUCAUCGCGAAAGUAGUGCAAAACCUGGCUAACUUCUCCAAGUUCGGCAAUAAAGAGGAGUACAUGUGUUUCAUGAACGAGUUCUUAGAGAUGGAGUGGGGCUCCAUGCAGCAGUUCCUGUACGAGAUCUCCAACCUGGACAGCGUCAGCAAUGCAGGCGGCUUUGAGGGAUACAUCGACCUCGGCAGGGAGCUGUCCAUACUGCACAGUCUCCUCUGGGAGGUCAUGGCUCAGCUCAGCAAGGACGCCAUCAUCAAACUGGGUCCUUUGCCUCGCCUCCUGAAUGACAUCAGCAUGGCCUUGCGUAACCCACAUCUCCAGAGGCAGCCCAGCCAUCAGACAGACAGGGUGCAGGAGAGGCAGACAGAACUGCUGCUGUCCCGGCCGAGCUUCAACAGGGGAAUCUCAUCCGAGUUCCAGAACCUCAUGAUGAGGGAUCUUAAUAGCUCUAUAGAUAUCACUCGCUUGCCUUCCCCCACCUCCACCGGAGGGGUCAUGCCAUCCCGCGCCCAGUUGAGUUUUCAGGACCGUGACCAUCCCCAUCGAGCGUCCUCCAAAGACAUGUUUUACGUAUCACGCCCUCCCCUGGCCCGAUCCAGCCCGGCCUACUGCACGAGCAGCUCGGACAUCACGGAGCCCGACCCUAAGGAUUCCCGAAUGAACAGCGUGUCUAACCUGCAGUCGGUGGACAUGCUCAACUCCUCCCAGGCCUCCAUCGCCGGCAUGGGCAGCUUCGGAGGGCUGAGCAGCGGAGGCGGUGGCGGCCUGGGGUCGGGCCUGAGCAGCCAGCUGCGGGCCGGUGGGAGGUUGUCAGCUGGCUCUGGCGGCUCCAGCAUGUCCGGCGGCCUUCGGCUGAGCCAGCUGAGCCAGAUGGGCACCACCACCGACUCGCUAUCCCAGCAGCAGCAACAGCAGGCCGCCGCCAUGCGCUACCCGCUUUCCUUCCAGAAUCCACUCUUUCAUCUGGCGACUGCUGAUGGGCCUCAACAACAGCUCCAUCACCAGCACAGCCGAGCUCAACCCCCAGCACCCUUGCUCCUGGCGCCAGACCCUGAGCCCUCUCACCAGGCCUACCUUCCACAGUUCGCCCAUGGGGGGUUCUCUCGCAGUGAGGACCUGUCCACCCUCAGGACCAGGGACGGGCACCUGGGCCAACCCAGCAUCAUCCACUCUCACAGCUACAGUGACGACUACAGCAGGGCUGACUAUGGACGCAGACAGAUGUCCAUCCACGUGCAGGAUAACCUCCAACAUCAACAACAAAUGAUGGGCAUGACCUCCCAGACGGGGACCUCCCACUCUUCCCUGGCUGCCACGCCCCCCUCCACAGUCCAACCCAUGCGCCAGAGUUCUGUUGCCCCGCCUCCCACCCAGCGAGUCAAAUCCCAGACCUCCCAUCAGCUGUCGGUCAGUGCGGCCGCCACACCCGCCGCUCCCGCCAAAACACGACCGCAGAGCGGGAAUCUCCUCCAGUCGCCAGAGUCCGGCUACGGCGGCAGGCAGCACGGCGGCCGGCAGCUGUCCGUCAAAGACAACACUGCCCCGGGCCUGCCCCACCAGCAGAGCUCUGUCAGGGAAAGCCAGAGUCCACAGGGAACCACGAGUCAGAGCACUCAACAGUCACCACAACAGUCUCAGCAACCGCAACAGCACCUGCUCAAACCCACCAUGAGCAAACAGGGCUCCCAGUCUCCAUCCACCCUCAAUCCACCAACCCCGGCCAAUGAGCGAACAGUGGCCUGGGUCUCCAACAUGCCUCAUCUGUCGGCUGACAUCGAAAGUUCGCGGAUUGACCGUGAAGAGUUCAAACUGAAGGAGUACUCUAAGAGCAUGGAUGAGUCACGCAUGGACAGGGUAAAGGAAUACGAGGAGGAGAUCCACUCCCUGAAGGAGCGCCUGCUGAUGUCCCACAAAAAGCUGGAGGAGUACGAGCGGAGGCUCCUCACGCAGGAGCAGCAGACCAAUAAGAUCCUCCUACAGUACCAGAACCGACUCGAUGACAGUGAGAGGAGGCUACGGCAACAGCAAGUGGAGAAAGACUCCCAAAUUAAAGGAAUAAUUAACAGACUCAUGGCUGUGGAGGAUGAGUUAAGGGGAGGACCCAUCAUUGAGCCAAAAACCAGGAUUUUCGCUGAUCAGGAGGACCAGCUUUCCUCCCUGGGUUCUGCAGACCCCGGUGUGAAAACUGAAGGUGGAGGGGGAGGAGGAGGAGGAGGAGGAGGAGGAGGAGGAGCGGUAACCAACGAUCAAGGCCUCAGAAUCUCUUCCUCGGGCAUUUCCUCCGACAGCUCGCCCCACAAUGGAGUCCUCCCCCAAACUGUAGACCCUCCCUCUCUACCCACUCCUCAUCAGCAUCCUAGUCAGAAUGGAGAGCUCCGUGGCAACAAAACAUCCUCCCCCAUGACAACCUCACAGGCAACCGGAACCAGGGCAGCAGCAACUACAGGCAUAGCAGAAGAAGGGGGAGUAGGUCAAACACAACACUGAGCCAAAUCAGAGAGAGACGACACUGUCCCAUUUUAGCGAGACAAUGCUUUGAAAAAAAAAAAAGAAAAGAAAAGAACGAUAGAUAUUCUUAAUCCCGGGGCAAGAGAGAGAAGAAAAAGUGCGCGGGAGACGAGUAGCAAUCAUACAGCUACUGUACAGUGCAUAACACAUGAACACACAACACAAAGGGCUCUUCAACGGACACUCGUUCUCUUGACGCUCACGUGGAGCUUCAGUCGGUAUCAGUCUUGCAGGACAAGAUAAUGAUACCCUGUAAACGCGCUGUUCGAAUCAGUCAAACAAAGCAAACCAAGCCGAUAUGUGAACAUCCGCUCUGUGCUCUCAUUGCCUGUCCGUGGCCUCGUGAGAAACAAACACGCGUAAGGAACAAAACACUAUAGAAUGUCUUGCACCCCAAAGACUUCAUAGUAGCCAUUAGCAAGUGCUAUAAGCCAGCUUAUAGUCACCCUUGACUCCCAUGGAUGUAGGUGCAUUAAAUAUAUCCUGAACACGCCAGGCUGCAAAAUCGUUUAGGUAGAGACGUGGUGAUGUAGUCUGGCUUUUCUUAGUGCCUUUGAGUGUUUUUCAACAGGGUUUUCCAUUAGAGAUCUGAUACAGAGGUAACAGGUGGAGAUCCAAGUUAGCUUUGCUAGUCAGAGAGAUGAUCUGUGGGCUACAAAAAAUAUAUAAAAAUUAAAAGACACAAGAUCAAGCGCCGUAAAAGGUUUGAGUGACGGAAGACAUUUUUGGGAACUUUUCUUUUUUUUUUUUUUUUUUUUUUUUCAAUCUAAGGGACUUCUUGUUUUUUUGGACUGAGCUCGUGCAAUUUUUCUCUUCUCAAUCUCAGAACCGAUAUGUGAUAAACUGGUGCUAAACAGAAACAAAAUGGUGCCAUUUUCCAAGUCUAAUGUCUGUGUCCUGCCAUAGCACUGCCUCUUUCAUUGAUUCAUUCACUGUCUCUUCUCUCUCUCCUGUGAUUUGUCUUUGACAGGACUUUUUCCUUCCCCCUCCAAUAUGUUUUGUACAUGUCUUUGUCUUUGUUCUUUGUUCAUCCUGUUGUUGUUCUUAUGUCUGACGGGGUUUGGUUGGGGUUUCCAUAUCUGUGUAUUUAGAAGCACCCUCCUCCAAUCUCUGGUUUAUUUACAGUAAAAUAUUUAAAAAAAAACAAAAAAAAACGGCUCCCCGGCUCAAAAUUUGAUGGAUCGUCUAUUGGUUAUUGCAAAUUUGUGGAGGCCGAGCCCCAGAGUGCUAUUUUCAGUUUACACGGAGCAUUAAACAAUUUUAAAAGAUUGAAUGAAGCUACUUUGAGUGAAAUGAAUGAAUGGAGUUUAUUCCCAGUUUUAAGGUUUAUUUUCUUUCAGUGUUGGUCCAUUGUGUUCAUGUACGGAAGAUAAAUGGUGCCAAUAUUGGUACUUUUCAAUUAUAAAAAAAAUGUAUCUUACAAUUCUUUGAGUGUUUACAAACACUAACAACAGAUUAGUAAUAAUCCCCUUACAUUUUUAAUUUGAUGCACUUUAAUCACACAUUAUUAAAGCAAACAUCGCCAGCAUGACAAGAUAACAAGGAUCAUCUUCUCAAAUGUGUGAAAAAAAAAACAUUUGACCAUUUAGGUUUGCCAUUAAGUGCCUGGGAUAAAUAUACUGAGCAUCCUUUGGCCAGUAGACUAGCUAGUUAUCGACCAGAUGCACAUUUUAAAGCCUUGCUUAGGACACUAAGUAUAUAUUACACUCCUGAUGCUUUCAAUAAUUCAGUGAGAACAUGCUUUUUUCAUGUUGUUUCCAUACUUUCAGGUUUCAUUUCAAAAUGAAAAGAGUGGCAUCUAUCUCUAAUUAUAAUUAAAUGACUUUUUAGAGUAAACUGUUUUAAUUUACAGUCAAUUUUAGAAAUAUUGUAUGGUGUAUUUUUUGAAAUGAACUCUUCCGUUUGUCAUGUGUCAAAUGCUGAGAACACGAGUCUUUAAAAUGUUUGUAACGUGUAUCCAUUUUCCUUCAUUUUGUGUAUGAACUGUCUGUUGUAAGGUUCGUCUGGAUGUGAAUAUGUUUCUUUGUCUCUGUAGCCUCACACACACACUGGUGUCGCUCUGCAACAGCUCAGCUUGUUUAAACGUGCAGGUUGAACCAAGACGAGUUGAAGAGUUCCACCUCAGCCAUUUUUUUUCUCUUCAGAGAGAACAGAUCACUUACUUUGGUCGACACUGGCCAAUGCUAGUACUCUCCAGGACAGUGCUAGCGGAUUAGCUCACACUUUCAGUGAAUGUUUAACUGUUGAACCACCAAAUGUUAAUAAUGCUAGCAAGUCUUACGCAGGGAAAGAUUGUCUUCUAUUUAGCCAGCUUGUAGGGCUACCUUUUCUUCUUGUGAAAUCACUUGUGUAUGAAGAAUGUUGGAUUUAAAGUGGUCUAGGUGUGAACAUCAGUGUCUUUUCAGAGAUGAUCCGUGAUUGAGAAAUUAACAUUGCUGUGAAAAUACCUCAGUGACUCAGGUAAACAAGCAGUUGCCUCAGAGCUGAACAUAUAUAUAUUAAAAAAAAAAAAAAAAAAAAAAAAAAAAAAAAACUAUAGAAAAGAGAUGAGUCCAGCUUUGGAAAGACUGCCACCAUGCAGCAGAUACUCGGUCUCUAGCUAUGCUUCAAUAGCACCUGAUCAAGCACCCUCCCCCGUUUCUUCUCUCUCUCUGUCUCCCUUUUUUCUCCCCCUAGCCACUCUCAAAGCUUCAUCGAGGACAAUGUGGAACCUAAUUGGCUGAUGCACCAUCGACAGUCCACAGGGUGGCAUAGCCAAAUGUCCAGAGCCCUCUCUCGUGACGCGAUUGGCUGACAAAGGGAGAACUUGGGGCAUUGGUCCCAUUCUCUUUGCUCAAGGGAUGGUGCAGAGCCCCAGCGGACCAUGUAAGGAAAUGCUGGGAUUUUUUUUUUUUUUUUUUUAACUUAACAUGGGCCCUCUCUCUCUCUGAUUUGAUGACAGGAUUUUUUUUUAUUUAUUUUUUUUUUAAAAAGUGUGUUUGACGCCUCUUGCUUGGAUCUACAUUUUACUUUUUAAAAAGGUAGGCUGGACACAUAUCGGGGCGUUUGUUAGCCUGCCGAGCAUGCAAAGAACAGCUAUGCAGUCUGAUCAAUCAGCAGAAUGGAGGAACACAAAGGCCAAGGAAGGUGCGAGGCUCAAAAUCAAGAGAGAGAGGGGGGAGGUGUGUUGUGGGUAAGAUGUAUUUCAACGGUGCUUGACUUCUCUUGAAAUUUCAGUCAAAGCUGAUUUACUUUUCAAAGCAUUUAUUUCUCUCUCUCUCUCUCUCUCUCUCUCUCUCUUAUAGUCUUUUCAAAUUACCCUUUGAUUCAUCUACUCACUCUUUAUCUAUCUAGGAAAGCAUUAUUUAACCGCUUCAUUUUUACUCCAGUUUAGACACACUUGAUCUCUUUCUCAUAGUUUUAGCUCUUCCGUUCCAGUCUCUUUACAGACUUUGAUUUUAAAAAGGAAACUAAAUAUGCACAGCCUAAAUACAACAAGUGAAACUGCUUCAGAAACCACAACUCUUGCUUCAGUGAAGACUUUGAAAAAAACCGGACAGAAUGUUAUUAUUUAUAUUUCUAUGAUACUUGCUUAUUCUUACAAUAGUAUACAACGAGAAAAAAAAAAACAAAAAAAACAGAAAAAAAAAAC